CUCUCCACUGGCAGUAAGCAUGAAGAUUAAUUUCGGGUCCAUGAACUGCGGCCUUUGUCAAGACCUCAUCGAGAGACGUUGACUCGGGUUCGAGUGCAAACGAUAUACAGUGAAGAAGGUUAAGUGAAAGAAGACGAGGAUAUGCCGGAAAUACCAAAGAUUCCCAGUAUAUAAAGACUGCUGACCAGCCAACGCCAGUUCCUACUAUCCACAACUGACAAUGAAGCUUCUCGCUGUCUUUGCUGCGACAGUAGCAUGCGUCUCUGCGGGAACAUUUGUUUCCCCUACCAAUGGUUCUACCAUAUCCUCGAGUGGGACAUUCAACUUCACCUGGGUUUCUAGCCGAUACUUCAAAGAGUCGAGCCGAUCUGUCACCGUUCUUCUUGGAGAAAACCUGGAAGGUGUCGUUUUGGCAAAAAACCUUGCAUCCACUGCGCAAGGUGAAGGAGCAGAGGGACCCACUUAUCACGCCCAGUUGACACCGCAAUUUGUGGCAUCCUCUCCGCCUGGUGGCAACUACCAAGUAAUAGUCAUCGAGGAUUACUCCUCAUACGGGCAAUGGGUAUCGAGUACGAGACUAUAACUGUCUCCCCAGCAUUGAAAGCUUCCGACGUUCCGUACCAGUUGAGCCUGUAGAUGA